AUGGCGGUCCUGCGGAACGCGGCCGCUGAGCCACGUGUCUUCCGACGCGGGAAGGGCGCCGAAAACACCGUCGUGGCAUACCUUGGCCACAACCCGCAGGAGCGCAAGUCGCGCUCCAUCCGCCUCGACACCGCUGCCAUUGGCCGCACCAUCUACGGCCACAUGAAGAAGUCGCUCGACAACGGCGACUACGAACCCCCGCUGGCGUCUCCCGCGCGCUCGUGCUCACCUCCAGCACCCCUGGCGCGCUCACCUUCGCCACAGCUGCUCGACGUCGACCAGCCCCCCAGCCCGCCACGUGUCGGUUUCGCCGAGCAGUUCUCCAAGCUCCCCGACGUCCUGCAACAUCUGAAGGACGGCACUUCUCCCACGGCGACGCCAAGACCGCCGCUGCCGCCCAAGCCCAACUCUCUGAAGGAGGCGAACGAGGCGCUGCUCGUCAGCCAGCUCCAAAAGACGUCAACAGCCCCACCUGUACCGGCGGCGCCAGCCCCACCUGUACCGGCGGCGCCAGCCCCACCUGCUGCUGACGUCAUCAGCGAGCGUGCUGCUACGGCGGCACCUCUUCCUCCCCCUCCUCCGCCAAUGUGGAAGCCCCUGAUAACCCACGUGGCGCUUCCCUGGCCGAAGCCCCUGAUCGCUGACGUGGCACCGGCGGAGUCGUCCUCACCACCUCGCCCGUCUGCUGGCGUCUCCAACGCUGUGCGGAGUCCGACCAUCCCCGCUGCGGCCCCUGCGACGCGCCUGGAGGCGGCUACGCCAGCGCUGACGUCAUCUCAGCCCCUCCCCGGAGGUACGAAACUGGCUCCGCUCAAUGCACCUGCCGACGUGUCCACGCCCACCGUCACCUCCGUUGUGCCCACGCCAUCAUCACUUCAGAAGCCCACGUCAUUAGACAUCACCGACGUUCCGCUGUCCGUCACCAUCAUCUCUCCUGCCGUUGGCGAGGCUCCGGUGAAGAUCAAGUUCCGGGGGCUUACGUCAUCUUCCGGCGUCAGCUCUGGCGCCCCUGUUUCGGUCAUCACGGCGGUCACCCCUGCUUCUGCCGGCAACCACAUCUCGGAGUCCGAACCCGAGCGCGCUCCACUCGCGGCGCCCAUCAAGGUCGAGACGAAGCGGAAGCGGAGAAAGAAGGAACGGCGGCCUGCAGUCGACCCCACCACCGGCGAGCCGCUGAAGUCGGAAGAAAAAGAAGAAGCGCGCCAUCGAGCAAUCUGA